AUAAACUCAACUUUUUAUUAGGGAGUCAAAACGGCGUUUUGCGUUUAGCGUUUUACACCGGUCGUGAGAGAGAGAGAGAGAGCUAAAGAUUGAAGCUGCUCGAACAUGGUGAGAAUAAGCAGAGUGAUGCUUAAAGAGGCUGGAAAUGCAAUCGACAAGACUCUGUCGGAGAUUCUCGUGUGCCCUCUCUCCAAGCAACCCUUGAGGUUCUGCGAGAAGACGAAGUCUCUGGUCAGCGACACGAUCGGUGUCUCAUUUCCUAUAAAAGAUGGGAUUCCAUGCUUGGUUCCAAAGGAUGGCAAAAUACUUGACGAGGAUGCUGAUGCAUCCAAAGCUUCUUGAUUGUUGCACCGUAUCUGCAGCCAGAGGCUUCUUAAUGGUUCCUUCUUUCCUAUGUACAAGCUCUGAGUAGCAGUUUUAAAGUUUAAAGUUUUAGUGAGAAACUAUUGACUCAUGAUUUAAAGUUAAUCAUCUAAUAAGACAUGAUUUAAAAGUAUUGGAUGCCUAUUAGAGGGGCUAUAAGUAUAUUACCAUA